UUCCAAUUUCGAUCUUUUACUACAAUUUGUAUCUUUUACUACGGCCGUAUUUUUUACUACGUUUUCCAAUUUCGAUCUUUUGCUACAAUUUGUAUCUUUUACUACGGUAACUUUUUUUACUACGUUUUCCAAUUUCGAUCUUUUGCUACAGUUUGUAUCUUUUACUACGAUUAACGAUUUUUUACGGCCUAAUGAAAAAAAAAGAAUAUCAAAAGUUGGAAUUUGAAAGUUACCUUGUAGCAGAUUUCAGGUAUAAUUACAAUUUCAUUCUGAAGUCAACAUGAAAGUUUCAUAGCGGUGUUCUUUUCCAACUUUUGAUAUAUACUACUGUCUGAGCGGUUUUUAACUGAAUUCGACGAGAUCAUAAGGGGAAAUUAAACUUUAUGAAAAAAGCAAAAAUUUGUUCGAAAUUUUGUUUAAUUUUCUGAAAAAAAAGUAUGGUCCCUACAACCAAGAAACUAAUUACUCUACAUUAGUCUAGAAUAUAUCGUCAAUCAGAGCACGCGCUCUGGGUGCGAACAGCUGGUUAAAAAAUAAAAAGUCGUAUUGGGUUUUUGUGAGUUGACUACUACACUACUCGUUUAUCCACUGCGCCACACUGGCCCAGCUUGCUGAACCGGAGUGAGGUGGGGUGACUUUGAGACACGCCAAUGACAUCAGAAAUGGUAGAUUCGAAGAUGCUUAUUCUGGCAUCAACUUUAGAACCGCGUAAGAAUACUGAAACAUGUUGUAUUCCUACUUACCUAAAUCUAUUCAUAAAUACAAUUCACUAUAUUGCCGAUGAAAAUUUCAAACAGUCUUUAAUUACUGAAGAACCCACUUAUUUCAUCAACACAUCAAAUGAUUUUCAAUUUUCGUAAAGAAUAUUGAUAUUUUCUCAUCCAUGUACCAUUGCUUCAAACAUAGAUGACUUUUUUCCUCAUCAAGUUUUGCAAAUUCUUAUUAUCACUCGAUCUUUUACUACGCGGAUCUUUUGCUACGGCGAUCUUUUACUACGAUUCGCUGCGAGACCCGUGCCUUGUGGAGUACACUCGGAGGCAAUUUCUUCCUUUUAUUUUCGAAUUUCUUCAUUUAUUUCCAGAAUUUGUGAUUUUUUUUGCCUAAAAUAAAUCUCUGAUAAGGGAAUGUUACACAAAUGGCUCACUAGUGUCGACUGGGAGGAGAUUAUCGCCGAAAAAAGAUUUACUGAAACUGACAGUGUCGAUCCAGCUGUUCUUCACAACUUGUUGAAUCAAAACAAGCUGAUUGUGCGAAUUCCAUUAGAAGAAAAUGGAGGAUUUCCAUUUGAUGGCCAUGUCUGGUCAAAGUGUGAUCCGAAGAAUCGAAUCAAGCAUACUGCUCGUUACGAAAAAGUUACCGUUUUCGGUGUCACUGUUAACAGCAGACAAUGUAUUGACUUUGAUAAUCGAAACUUCUCUAGACACGUACUUCCUUUUAACGAUUUCGUGUUUAUUUAUUAUUGCAUUCAAGACAACAGCUACCAGUUGCCUGUUGACAAUGGAAAGAAAAAGAGACUAACAGCUAAGGAAUGUGAGAUACUUCGAACAAUGGUGAUCCCUCAUCGUAAUAUCCACGGAGCAAUGGAGGCAGCCAAAGCACUUGGAAUCAAUGUCACAGUGAGACAGUUGCAAAACUUAAGCCGUGGCGUUCCGGAUGCAAUCAUCGGAAAUUCUGGCUCCAACGCCGCCACUACAUUGGAAACAAUUAAAGAACUGGAACGUCUGUAUGGAACUAGAAUGAAUCAUGCAGUUGAUUCAUACGGAGUUCUCGAUGUUACAUUCUUCCAAUCAUUUCCAGAGGCAAUUAAAAUCUUUUUAUGUAGUUGUCCAGAUAUGAAUGUUGUACAAGACUGGAGGAGAAACGUCGAAAAUAUAUGCGAAAUGGACGGUGAAAUGAGAAAGCGACAACUAAAGGAUCUUCUUAAAACAACCCCAGACGGAGUGUUUUUCUAUUCCCGCCUUCAUAUUGAUACGACGUAUAACCUUGGUGACGCAUACGUCACUGUUAUUCUUGGAGAAACUAUGAACUUUGUGACUACCAGCUCCGACAAAUGCCGAGUACUGCCAUUGGGAUACAUGGUUCACACAAACCGAUUAGCUGCAACUCACGAAAAGUUUGCUGAUUUUCUUUCAGAAGAAUUUGCCAAAGUUGGCGGCGUUCCGAAUGGUAAAAUGAUUCCAUGUUUGCUGAUGGAUGGUGAAUCAAGUUUGGGAGAGUAUGGAAAAACGCUCGACGUGAUGACCAUUCGAUGUGACUAUCACAUCUUUUCUUUGAUGAGCCAUAAAUAUGGAAAACCUGUCGCCACCAAAUCAAAACCUUAUGUUUUUGGAACUAUGGAAAACGAAAAGUGGAAGACUGGACUUCUAGGUGUAUUCACUGAAGAUGAGUAUUCUGAACGCUUCGAAGUGAUGGAAAAAAUUGUGGACACGAAUGUUGCUCAAUGGUUUCAUCGGAAAAGGAAGAUGUUCUUUGAAUGUGCAUCGGCAAUGGCCAAGCUUCUUGGUGGACACCUAAGGCAAUUUUCUACCAAUAACAUUUCGGAGAAUUUCAAUGGAUACGUUAAGUGCAAACUACACAAACAAAUGACCAUUGACAAGUUAAUCCUGAAACUCAACGAACACUGUGAAGAUGUUAUUGUUCAAUGCUUCUUAAGCACGAUCGGUCAGUCUGCACGGGUCUCAUUGAAAGAGGAUCUCAGCGAGUUAUCGGUUGAGCAGAGACUUCAAUUCUUGAAAAAUAUUGGAGUCACUGGAGAACUUCUUUCCGCUUUGAACACACAUCCCGAUCCAGCUGUUAUCAGAAAUUGAAGCCGAAAAAAGUCGCCACGAAGCUGAUGCAGCCGCUAAUGUGGUAAUCUACCAAAGAAACGAUGAAAUCUUCAACUUGAGAGAUGACUCUAUAAACUGUUCAUCCAGGCACGCUUCUGUCGAAUAUGACCAGGGACUCCUAAAAUGCUCCAAAUGCAAUACGGUCAAAUUGGAAUACACUUGCAGGCAUUUUUUGCACUGCCUUUUAAAACUGCGUGACACAGAUCGGGUUGUCCAAUGGCAUAAGAUGUUGUCUAAGAUCAAGAAACAGCGAAUCGAUUCAGUGAAACAGCCUCUCAUCGAUCCGAAAAGUGGUCACAAAUUAUCUGAUAGAAUCGGAUGUGGCCAAUCAUCAAAUAAUCGUAAAAGAAAAGUUGCUGAAUUAUCAACCCUUACGGUCUACAAGAGCAAUACCAACUCCGAUGACGAAACAGGAACCGCAAAUAGUAGAGAAAAUCUAGAUCAAUCACUUCCGGAUGCAUCGAUGAGUGACAAUUUUUCGCCUAUCUUCUCGUCUACGAUGAUCAAUGGAAGCAGACGAUCAAGCAGAUCGCGUAACAGCACCAAAGUCAUGGAUCCAUCACCAUCUGAUACAAACGAGUCUUCUCUCUACGAUGAUCAAUUCUCGUCUACGAUGAUCAAUGGAAGCAGACGAUCAAGCAGAUCACGUAACAGCACCAAAGUCAUGGAUCCAUCACCAUCUGAUACAAACGAGUCUGACGAAACCAGUGGAAAUUGUGAUGUGUUCGUUAAUCGCACACGUCUUCUGUUUGACGAUGAUGGGGACGAUUCAACGGUCACUCUCUUCAACAGCACAGAGAAAACUCUUCAAUUCAAAUGUAGAAUUGAUUCUGAUGAGUACUCUAUGAAGCCGACUCGCGGAAGUAUUAAGCCAAAUAUGGAUAAGACGAUGAGAGUUCGAGUAGGUGAUACUGCUCCUGGCACUACCACUAUGCACAUUUUCUACACAGUGAAAGAUGAGGAAGAAAAGUCAUUCAAAAUUCUUCUGAAAUACGAUCCUUGAAAACCUCAUUUUCAUUGAAAUUUCAACUGUAAUAUCCUAAUUUGUUCUUCUUCUUUGUUGUUCUGUUGAUUUUUUUAAAUGUUGUAUCCCUUUUUAGUAUAAUCUUGAAAGUUCCAUGAAGUUGUUGUUGUUAUUGUUACAUCGAUAUUGAUUCUACAUUAUUAUUUAAAAGCCAUUCCGAACACUUU